AACGCACUGCCUGACAGAACAUACAAAAUCAAUAAUCUUCAGCCUUCACCAAAAUCCGUGUUUUUGAAACUAAAUAACUUGUGAGGGGCGUUUCACAUUCAACACAAUCACAGCAGAAGACAAGACAUAACUUUAUUCCACAGCAUCAUGGCAGCAGAUCCGUGGGUGGUGCAGCCACACGAGCAUGCCAAGUUUGCCGAACACUUCCGUAACCUUGGCCCUGUGAACGGACAUCUUACUGGAGAACAGGCUAAGCGGUUUAUGUUACAGUCUCAACUACCACCACCGAUCCUAGGUCAGAUAUGGUCUCUAGCCGACACCAACGCCGAUGGUAAACUGGACCUUCGAGAGUUCUCUAUAGCCUGCAAGAUAAUCAACUUGAAACUGCACAACAUUGAAGUACCGAAAGCCUUGCCGUCGUCUCUACUCGCGUCCCUCAGUCCUACAGGAGCACCAAAGCCCCAAUUUGCGCAACCACCCGUUGCACCAGUUGCAGCCCCCAUAAAGCCCCCAAUUCCCCCGAUGCCGGCUCUCCCAACCCAACCACUGAUAUCCGGGUUAACAACCACGCAACCAAGCAACCAAUCAUUAUUAGGGGACUUAGUAGGCCCUCCUCUAGUCUCCCAACCGCCUCUAAUUCCCCCAAUUGCAAAACCUAUCGUACCUAACGUACCUGACCUAAUAUCUGGGGUAAAACCGGGACAACCGGUUGCAGCAACCACGCAACCUAUUGCUCCUUUAAUGGGACAACCUUUGAAUCAACCUAUAUUACCAACUCAGCCAAUAACGUCUCAACCAUUGGUUGCUCAACCAAUGUUACCUGCACAACCGGUCAACCUGAUCGGUCAGCAACCCAUUUAUCCACAGGUUGAUCAGUUUUCUUUAACCAACCAACCGUUGGUACAACCUAUGGUGCCUCCUCAACCCAGACCUUACACGUCCCCUCCGGAGACUCAAGCUGCUUCAAGCCCAUUGACCGGGCAACCUAUUGGGCCUACCACAAUAGGCUCUCUAGUCAAUAGUCCACCGUCUUUAGUGAAUAGUGUGGUUGCUCAACCUAUUACUUCGACUCCGUUGCCUGCUAUAAAGUCUGAUAGUAUGUCUAAACCGGGAUCUUUGGUAACCAGUCCUACUGAAAUGCCGAUGGGAGUUAUGAGUCCCCCGCCAGCCGUCGAAUGGGGGAUCCCGCAACCGCAGAAACUUAAAUACACGCAGCUAUUCAACGCGACGGACCGCGCUAAGACGGGCGCGGUAUCGGGCGUGCAGGCGCGGUCCAUCAUGCUACAGUCGCGGCUGCCGCAACAGGCGUUAGCGCAGAUAUGGGCGCUAGCUGAUUUAGAUUCGGAUGGGAAAUUGGGUUGUGAAGAAUUCGUGCUGGCCAUGUAUCUGUGUGAGAAGGCCACGCAAGGCGAGCCCGUGCCUGCCAAGUUGCCGCCAGAACUGAUACCGCCUACUUUCCGACGUGACUCUGUAUCUUCGAAUACCAGCGCUAAGUCCUACGAAGAGAGAAGAAGAGAGAACAUGGCGAGAGGGCAGGCAGAGUUAGAGAGACGACGUUCACAACUAGCUGAUGCACAGCUAAAGGAGAAGGCGGAAAGAGAGCGGAAAGAAAGAGAGGAAGCAGAGAAGAGAGAAAAGAUUAGGCUUGAAGCUCAGAAGAGAGAACAAGAAGAGUUGAUGAGGAAGCAAAAGGAAGAACAAGAAAAGCGUGAAGCGGCCCGCAAGGAGAUGGAAAGGCAGUGUCAACUUGAAUGGGAGAAAAAGAGAACACGCGAACUAGAAGCGAUGCGAACAGAAGAACAAUCAAAAGUCUUAAACUUGAAAUCCAAAAGUCAGAACAUAACGUUAGACUUAUCAUCGGCGGUGACCCGCGCCGCUAACUUGGCGAAACAGAUCCGCGAUACCAGGACCGCUGUCGCCGCCGCCAAGUGCACUAUCGACGGCAUGAGAUCUGACCGCGACACCAGCAUGGCAGAGAUGCAGCAACUGAAAGCUCGUGUCAAGGAAUUAAACGCCAAGCAAAUAUCACUCAACAAGGAGAAAGCUGAGCUCGAUGCUAAGGCGAAAGCUUCGGAAGGCGCAGGAGAGGACGGAAAAUUGAAUAUGAUGGAAAUCACCCUCAAACAACUUCGUGAUAAGGUGGAAGCAGCCAAAGCACUAGUAGAAAGCAAAAAACAGGACUUGGAAACGAAUAAUUCUCAACUAUCCGAACUUACAAACACAGUUACAGAAUUAGGAGAGAAAUGUACAAGAGUUUGGAAAUUAUACGAAGAGAGAAGAGAAGAAUAUCUUAGUAGGAGUUCUGCACCUGCUGAGAGUGCGUGGAGUAAUACUGAAACAGAAUGGGGUACAGCCGCCGCCGACGCUUGGGGCGAAACCCCGGCCGCCGAAGACGCCUGGGGAGACGCCCCCGCUACUACAGCAACCGAAACGGUCUCUACUGCCAGCGCCGCGAGAUGGCGUUGUGUGUACGAGUUCACCGCUAGAACUGCUGACGAGCUCAGCUUACAGCCAGGAGACUUGGUAAGCGACGCUCAACCACCGAGGGGUGAUGCUGAGCCGGGUUGGAGAUGGGGUACCGCCAGAGGCCAAUCCGGCUGGUUCCCCGAGUCCUACGUGGAAGAUAUAAACGCUCCCGCGGCUUACUCAGAAGUCGUCGAACCUAUGGAAACUAAGACUCAACUGGAAGGCAUAGCGGAAGUCCCGGAAGCUGAGGUCUCUAACGACCUGGGCGGCGCCAUGCCGGUUGUAGAAGGAGGCGACUUCUACAUAGCGGCCUACCCAUACCUGUCCGCUGAGCCGGGCGACUUGACUUUCGAAGCCGGCGAGAGAAUCGAAGUCGUCCGCAGGGAUGGGGACUGGUGGACCGGUAGAAUUGGUAUCAGAACCGGCAUUUUCCCUUCGAACUACGUGACAAAAGACACGACUACUACGGCGGACGUGAUCGCUCCAAUCCCGGAGGCCGCGGAGCCCGGGGGCGAAGCCCUGGCUGAAGCGCCCGCGCCACCUGCGCAACAACCCGCGCCGUACUCACCGCCCGUGCAGGAACAAAAAUCCUCCACCCCCAUAUCGUCCGAAGUGGCGUCCAUAACGGAGAAUGCAGCCGCCGCCGCAGUCCCGCGUCCCGCGUCCGCCACACGCCGGGACUCCGGCCGGGAUUCUGUUACCGGACGCCGGAAGAACGAGAUCGCUCAGGCGAUCGCUAAUUAUACUGCUACCAGCUCAGAACAGCUAUCCCUAACUAAAGGUCAGCUGCUAGUAGUACGGAAGAAAGCGGACAGCGGCUGGUGGGAGGGCGAACUGCAGGCCAAGGGCAGGAACCGGCAGGUGGGCUGGUUCCCCGCCAGCUAUGUCAAGAUCCUGCAAUCAUCUGGCCGCACCUCCGGUAGAACUACACCAGUUCUAUCAAAAAUGGACACGCUACCCGCUGAAACAGUCAUCGAUAAGGUGAUCGCACUAUACCCUUACACGGCCCAAAACGCGGACGAGUUGAGUUUCGAAAAAGACGAUAUCAUAGCCGUCACUGACCGAUCGCAGGACCCUGCUUGGUGGCAAGGUGAACUUCGAGGGAUGACGGGACUGUUCCCGAGUAAUUACGUAACUAAAUUAGUUAACUAAAUCAUGUUUAGUACAACAUAAUCGAGUCUUAACUUACUCUCAAAUUACGGCUGUUUCCUAAUAUUCUAUCUAUCAGGGGCUUAAUUCUGCUAAUUUCACUUAAGCGACAUACGAUUGAUAUCCAACUGAGAUUCAAUCACGACUCAAUUACGAUUGAAGCGUAUGUGGCAUUCCGCAUUUUUUUGUUUUCAAUUAAUAAACGUUUUUAUCAUUUUCUGUAAUUCAAUUAUGAAUCAUAUUGCUAACAAAUGAUUUACGAUUGUAGAGCAGACUACCCUAUAGACCUAAUGGCAAACCAAUGGAAUGUCAUUGGAAAACAAUUGGUCUUAUGUUAGCAGCAGAAUUCCCGCUAAGGUUAAAACUGCUAUUGAGAUUCAAUUGAUAUCCAAUUGACACACUAUUAAAGUGGCAGAAUUGAGCCCCUGUUGAUUUGCUCACUAGAAAUCGAAUUUUUACACUUACCCCAUUCAAGUAAUAUCGAAUUACUAUUUCUAGUAGGCAAAAUAAUAUAUAAAUAGUAUAUUGGAAACGGACGUAAGAGUUACUGUAUUAGCACGACUAAAAUCUAGUUUUUAGUGUCGCUAAAUAAUCCAAAUAUUUAAACUUUAACGUAGAUUCAUUGUAAUAUGGCUAGUUUAAUAUUUGAUCCGCGUUAAAUUAAACUGUUUUGUGUUUAGGGACAGAUAUACAUACAAUAAAAAAAAACUCAAAUAUUUAAACAUUAACCGUCGUUUCACAGAUUAAACAUCUGUUGAACACUGAUCUAAAAAAAUAUCAAAUUAUGACGUUCAAAUAAGGUCUGUUUUGCAGCCACGUUUGUUUUAGACAAGUGUUCAACAGAUGUUUAAGUUAUUAUAGUAAAGCCAUACGAUAUUAAGAAUACACUGUAGACUAAACAGUCUACCGACAGUUGACCCGAUGGUAGGUAUUUUUUUCUUGAUUCCAAUCAAAGUUUUCAGUCGGUCUGAUACCGGCUAAAUACCUGAUCUUUGUAAUGUGCGUACUAUCCUUCAUCUUCAUACUGAUUUAUGAGCCCAAACAAACUGUCGGCUGACGAAAAGUUUGCAGGAAGUCGGUGAAUUUAAUAUUAAACUAGCCAUAUAAUAUUUAAAAGAACAAUUUAUGAAUAGAUAUAGCUGGCUUGUAUGUUAAAAAAAGCACAAAAAUAUAGAAAAAUAAAUUACUCUUCUAUAUAAUGAGUAGGUAAUUUCUCAUUUAAUCAUGGAAAAUGCUAGGUACUUACCACGUGUUUACGCUUAGCAGUAGCUGUUGUUAACUCUUUCACAGUUUAGUGACUAUCUUUUAAAGCAUGUAUCAUUUAUGUUUUCAAAAUGAAGAGAUCAUGUACUAAUUGUGAGCAAAUAAGAUUGAAAAUACUUUGCUUAAGGUAUUUACUAUUUACGAGUCCAAGAUUUAGUAAAAAAAAUACUGACAUUCAAAUAUAUGCGGCGUUGAAAAAUGCUUAUAAAAUUGAAAACACCAGCCAAGUGAGAGUCUGUCUCGUGCAUGAAGGAAAACGGACCACGGUUUUUUUUACCUUUUCAUAAGGAACCCUAAAAAAACGAUAAGUGUAAUACGACCUUUACUGAAUAAAUGUGUAAAACUUGCCAAAGCGAAAUUCAUUCAAUUUCAGUACGUACAAAUCCUUACUAAUAUUAUGAAAGAGGAAAUAGCUGUCUGAUUGUCAUAUUUUCACGGUAAACUACUGCACUGAUUUGGAUGAAACUUAGGAGGUUGAAACCUGGGGAAGGGAAUAGGGAACUUUUCACUCAAAGGAUGCAGAGUAAACCCGCGGGAUAAGCUAGUAUUAUAUUUCUAACAUUUCUAUAUAUAAUCUAUGCCAGCCUAGUGUUGCCAUUUCGAAUAAUUACUUUUAAUUGUUUAAAAUAAUCGUAUUUAAUCAUGUAGUUGAUUUUAGUAGGAAUAAAUGUUACAAUCUUUA